AUGGUUCAGAAGCAGCAAUCCACCGCCGGUCCAGAUACCGAGCCGAAAAAGCGUCGUCGCGUCGGAUUUUCUCCCGCCGAUACUGGUGUGGAGGCUAACGAGUGCAUCAAAAUCUAUCUCGUUUCAAGCAAAGAGGAAGUGGAUUCCCCUGAGAUUUCUUGUGUGAAGCCAGUUGACUUGAAUGAUUUCUUUGACGGAGACGGCAAGAUAUAUGGUUACCAAGGUUUGAAGAUAAAUGUAUGGAUCAAUAGCAUCUCACUGCAUUCAUAUGCUGAUAUCACAUACCAGAGCACUACCAAUGGAGAUAAAGGCAUCACAGACCUCAAAUCUGCUUUACAGAACAUAUUUGCUGAGACCAUUGUUGAGAACAAGGAUGAAUUUCUGCAAACCUUUUCGACCCAGAGAGAUUUUAUCAGAAAUAUGGUCUCAAAUGGGGAGGUAAUGCAUUCUAAAGUGACAGAUGGAAGCAGCAAUAGUGCUGAAGUGACUCCUUCAGAUCUUCAGGUUUUACGGAUGGAAAUUGGUUCUCCAAAUGCUGGGCUCCUCUAUAGCCGAUUGGUACCCCUUGUUCUUCUUUUUGUUGAUGGUAGCAACCCGAUUGAUGUCACUGAUCCUGACUGGCAUUUAUAUCUCUUAAUUCAAAAGAAAGAGGACAAGGAGGAGCCUCUGUAUCGAAUUGUGGGCUUUACUGCAAUUUAUAAAUUCUACCGUUAUCCUGACAGGCUACGGAUGCGACUCAGCCAGAUCUUGGUCUUACCAUCCUUCCAAGGAAAAGGACUUGGAAGCUAUCUCAUGGAGGUAGUAAACAAAGUGGCCACAUCAGAAAAUGUUUACGAUUUGACAGUGGAAGAGCCAUCCGAAAAGUUCCAGCACAUUCGCACUUGCAUAGACAUACACCGCUUGCGCGCGUUUGAUCCAAUCAAACCAGCCAUUGACUCGGCCGUUCAGACUCUGACGAAAGGAAAGCUAUCGAAGAAAGCUGAGAUACCUCGAUUCACCCCGCCACUGAGUGCCAUCGAGCAAGUUCGUGAAACUCUGAAGAUCAACAAGAAACAGUUUGUCAAAUGCUGGGAGAUCUUGAUAUAUCUCGCGCUUGAUACUAUCGACAAGUACAUGGAGGAUUACACAUCAGUCAUCACCAACCAUGUGAGAACUGACAUUCUUGGAAAAGAUAUAGAAACUCCAAAGAAACAAGUCGUGGAUGUUCCAAGCUCGUUCGAGCCCGAAGCAUCGUUUGUGGUUUUCAAGUCUCUGAAUGGAGAAGAAACAAAUAGCAAUGUUCAAGUGGAUGAAAACAAACCGGAACAAGAGCAGCAGAUGAAGCAACUGGUUGAGGAAAGGAUCCGAGAGAUCAAGUUAGUUGCUGAGAAAGUCUCUAAGCUUUGCCCAAAGAGAAGAAGGUUAAGAGAGAUGGAUUUGAUAACGGGAGAGAGCUCGAAGGUUUUGAGGAAACAGGGAUUUAGGUCGCUGAAACUGAUGAGCGUGGACAUGGAGAAGGAACUCGGCAACGAGCCUGAGCCAUUCGGUGCUGACUAUGGAAGGCUCGACAAUGGUCUCGUCUACUACGUUCGACGAAACUCCAAACCUAGAAUGAGAGCCGCUCUAGCUCUCGCUGUUAAAGUCGGUUCAGUUUUGGAAGAGGAGGAUCAGCGUGGAGUUGCGCAUAUUGUAGAGCAUCUUGCAUUUAGUGCUACAACCAGAUAUACAAAUCAUGAUAUUGUCAAAUUCUUAGAGAGUAUUGGAGCAGAGUUUGGACCCUGUCAAAACGCAAUGACCACAGCCGAUGAGACCAUAUAUGAGUUGUUUGUCCCCGUUGAUAAGCCUGAACUUCUAUCUCAGGCUAUUUCCAUUUUAGCAGAGUUCAGCUCCGAGAUUCGAGUCUCGAAGGAAGAUUUGGAAAAAGAAAGAGGGGCAGUUAUGGAAGAGUACAGAGGGAACCGAAAUGCUACGGGAAGGAUGCAAGAUGCACAUUGGCAGCUGAUGAUGGAAGGCUCAAAGUAUGCUGAACGUUUACCGAUUGGGUUGGAGAAAGUGAUUCGGUCUGUUCCUGCUGCAACUGUGAAGCAGUUUUACCAGAAGUGGUAUCAUUUAUGCAAUAUGGCAGUUGUGGCUGUUGGAGAUUUUCCAGAUACAAAGACUGUAGUUGAUUUGAUAAAGACACACUUUGAAGAUAAAAGAUCGAGUAGGGAGCCUCCAGAGAUACCAGUCUUUCCUGUUCCUUCUCAUGAAGAGACACGAUUUUCUUGCUUUGUUGAGUCAGAGGCAGCCGGGUCUGCAGUAAUGAUUAGCUAUAAGAUGCCCGUAAGUGAUCUGAAGACGGUGAAAGAUUAUAGGGAUAUGCUUGGGGAAUCAAUGUUUCUACAUGCUCUUAACCAGAGACUCUUCAAAAUAUCUCGUAAGAAGGACCCCCCAUUUUUUGCGUGCUCCAUUGCUGCUGAUGUCCUGGUGAGCCCAUUGAAGGCCUAUAUAAUGAGUUCUUCUUGUAAAGAGAAAGGAACUCUGGCAUCCCUUGAGUCUAUGCUUCUCGAGGUUGCUAGGGUACGCCUUCAUGGGUUCUCAGAGCGUGAAAUAUCUGUUGUGCGGGCUCUCAUGAUGUCAGAGAUUGAAUCUGCUUAUCUGGAACGUGAUCAAGUCCAAUCAACUAGCUUGCGAGAUGAGUAUAUACAGCAUUUCCUUCACAAGGAACCUGUUAUUGGAAUUGAAUACGAGGCACAACUUCAGAAAACUCUUCUACCCCAAAUAUCAGCUUCAGAUGUAUCCAAAUACUCUGAAAAGUUAAGAACAUCAUGCGGUUGUGUGAUCAAGACAAUGGAGCCUAGAUCGGCUGCGACAGUUGAUGAUAUGAGAGAUGUUGUCUCAAAGGUUAAUAGUCUUGAAGAAGAGGCAGAAAUUGCUCCGUGGGAUGAGGAAAAGAUUCCAGAAGAAGUUGUCAAUGAAAAGCCAACUCCAGGGGAUAUUAUUCAACAGCUUGAAUAUCCAGAAGUUGGGGUUACAGAGUUGACAUUAUCAAAUGGAAUGCAAGUUUGCUACAAGUCCACUGACUUCUUGGACGAUCAGGUUCUUUUUACAGGGUUUUCAUAUGGAGGACUUUCUGAACUCCCUGAGAAGGAUUACAUUUCUUGUUCGAUGGGAUCAACGAUUGCUGGUGAAAUUGGUAUGUUUGGUUAUAAGCCAUCAAUGCUUAUGGAUAUGCUGGCUGGUAAGAGAGUUGAAGUUAGUGCAAGACUGGGCCCGUAUAUGAGAACGUUUUCUUGUGAUUGUUCCCCCACUGACCUUGAAACUGCUUUGCAGCUUGUUUAUCAACUUUUUACUACAAACGUGAUGCCACAAGAAGAAGAGGUUGGAAUAGUGAUGCAAAUGGCAGAAGAAGCAGUACGUGCUCGAGAAAGAGACCCUUACACUGUCUUCGCCAACAGAGUGAAGGAACUCAAUUAUGGAAACUCCUAUUUCUUUAGGCCUAUUCGGAUCAGUGAACUCAGAAAAGUUGAUCCGUUGAAAGCUUGCGAAUAUUUCAACAGUUGCUUUAGGGAUCCAUCAACUUUUACAGUUGUGAUUGUAGGGAACCUUGAUCCUGGUAUCGCGCUUCCUCUAAUUCUUCAGUAUUUGGGUGGAAUACCUAAGCCUCCUCAACCGGUUCUCAAUUUCAACCGUGAUGAUCUCAAGGGAUUACCAUUCACUUUCCCUACGAAGAUAACCAGAGAAUUUGUACGAAGUCCAAUGGUGGAAGCCCAGUGUUCAGUCCAGUUAUGCUUUCCUGUGCAAUUAACAAACGGAACAAUGAUCGAAGAAAUCCACUGUAUUGGCUUUUUAGGCAAACUUCUAGAGACCAAGAUAAUCCAGUUUCUCAGGUUCACGCAUGGGCAGAUAUAUUCUGCUGAGGUCUCGGUGUUUCUUGGCGGGAAUAAACCUUCUAGAACUGCGGAUUUGCGUGGUGACAUCAGUGUAAAUUUUUCCUGUGAUCCAGAAAUAUCCUCUAAACUGGUUGAUCUCGCUUUGGAAGAAAUUGUACGGCUUCAAGAGGAAGGCCCUUCGCAAGAAGACAUUUCAGCCAUCCUUGAAAUCGAACAAAGAGCUCAUGAAAAUGGCCUGCAGGAAAACUAUUACUGGUUAGAUAGGAUUCUACGUGGAUAUCAGUCGAGGGUUUACGCUGGCGAUUUGGGCGCCUCUUGCAAGAUUUUAGAAGAAGGGCGUUUGCGAAUGAGAGAGUCACUUGCACCACAAACAGCACAAGCGGCGUUACAGCGGAUUCUUCCUCACCCUUGCAAGAAACAGUACACUGCCGUUAUUCUCAUGCCACAGAGAUCACGUUUUGGAUUCCUUUCCUCUAUCUUUGUUUCGCGGCCCGAGACCGCCUACAUCCGUGAUACCAAGAUUUUGGCAGGCAUUGCUAGUUUAGCUGUUCUUGUUUUUAGCAUCUGGAGAUAUUCUCGCAGGUAG